AUGCCCGUCAGAUUUGUGUGUUUGUGUGUUUUGACGGUGGUGGUGCGGAUCAUAGAUCACGUCAGGAGCCUUUUGUUUCGUUUUGUUCCGUUGACACUCCCCCGGAAAAAAAAAAUGGGGAUCUUGUCAGACCUUUCCUGA